CGUGAUGCCCAAAAUGGACGGAGUCAGCGCUUUGAAUCUGAUCCGCCAGCCCGACCAUAUGACCCCCAUCAUCGGCAUGACGUCUAAUUCAAAACCGAGCGAGAUUAUGACGUAUUAUUCAUCUGGAAUGAAUGAUAUUUUGCCCAAGCCAUUUACGAAGGAGGGGUCGUUGGAUAUGUUGGAGAAACACCUGAUGCACCUUAAAGUCAUCCAACAAAUGUCAAAAGUACCUUGUUCGCUCGGUGUUCCUCCUCUCUCAGACCCGUCUUUGAGCGAGGCACUCGCAGUUGGGGCGUCGCAAUUACAACCACACAAUUCUUCGUCUAAUCCUGGCUUCUCGUCUAAUUCAUCCAGUCUGCAUCCGAUGUUGGGAACGGGGUACGACGAUGAUGGACGGAUUAACUCGUUGGCAGGGAUGGGUCUGUCUGACGAGCGAUACGCGGCUAUUCUGAGAGAUAUCGUUACCCAGGAGAGCUUCUCGGGCGUAGGAGUUCGAGAGGGUUUUUCGUUCGGUCUCGCUGGUGCUUUGGGUCCCGGGAUGGGAGGGGAGAAGCGGGAACUGGACGAUGAGGGCGAUGGGAGAGAGGGAAAAAGGGCACUGUUUGAGAUCAUCGAGUGA